AACUAUGGAUUUUUUGAGAAGUUUCUUUGUUGGCAACUGAGCUCCUAUUUAUGGUUGUGGAUGACUCAUCUUCAUUUGGCUAUAUAUGUCACUCCUUUGCAUAAUUUCAACGUCAAAAUUUAUAUUAUGAAAUUGUUCCAUCGUUGAUUACAUUUAUUUUUACUGUUUGAGAAAAUAAACAUGGUACGCAUGGGAAAUGAUGGUUUGCUUCUGUUGGUGAUUCAUUAUCUUCUGCCUUUUAUCUUCUAGGCCUUUCAUUGACAAUCUUGUUUCAUGCAUCUCUGUAUGUUUGUUGAAGGCUUCAGAGGAGAUUGAAGUUCCCUUAUAGGAGAGUACAUUUAUAUGGUGGAAAUUCAAGUCAUAACUAACUGUUGUUCUAUCCUUUUCUUAUACUUAUCUCAAUUUUGAAAGCUUACAGUUGGUCAAAAGUUGAAGCUGUUUUCUGUGGAGUUUUCGUAGGAUUGUGAAGGCUAUGAUUUAAAUUACAUCCCUUUUGUACAAUUUACUUGGGGAAGAACAAGGGAGGCUCUCUUGUAUGUACUUUUUAGGCUUCAGUUAGGUUUUGACUACUGUUAUGGUAAGGCCUGUUAUCUUCUGGAGUAUUGUCAUGCCAGAGCAAGUGCACAAGAAGUUUGCAAAAUUUAAAGAGCUUGUAAAACCCAUUUCUGGUGCUAGAUGAAAUAGGUGCAUUGUCUAUAGAAACUUGGUACCCUGCAACUUGUAUAACAACACUGGUUUGUGUAGCAAAGUUGCUACUGAGAAUGCAGUAAAUUGCAAUUCCAUGCUUUAUCUGGUUUUUAUUUUCCCUUGUUUAAUGUCAAGUAGCCUUCUUGGACAAGAAUUUGGAUCACUUUUGUUGAAGGUGAAUGGCUCCAGGCUCUAAGUCCUUGUGCCUAUCUAUGUGUUUGUCACUAGGGGAUGCUAGAGUGUUAAUAUAAAACCAUUCUUGGGGUCUCACCUAACAACUUAAGCUUUUAGGAUGAAUGGUUUUUAAACAUGGCAUCGGAGCUUUAAUGACCAAAUGGUCAUGAUUUCUAAUCCUACCAUCCCCUAUUUUCCUUUAGUUAAAAUUACAAUUUCAGCACAAAAUAGUGUUGGUCCUUGCAAGUUUCAGGGAUUUCACUUGAGAGGGUUUAUUAGAGAGUUAAUAUAAAACCAUUCUACAAGCCAUACCCGUGUUGAAUGGUUCUUUGACAGGGAUAACUCUCUUAAUACAUGUUUUGAAGAUAGAAUUAGUGAGUUUCAAAUUAAAAAGAAAGAAUCAGUCUUCUCUUUUCAUAUAUGAUCUGGUUUCUUGGCAUGAGGUCCUGUUAUGAGUUUGUCAAAGCAUGAUUUGAUUUUUGUGAUUCUGAUUACCCAAAUUUUAUCUGGUUUUGUUGUGUUUUAUUAUAUAGCUUUCUAGGUGCCAAGACCUUGAACACACAGCAUUUUUUGUACAUACAUAGUUAGGGAGAGAGAAGAUAGUUAGGAAAGUGUUUUCAUUCAAAUACCGCUAGAUCGAUAGUCCCUAGGGCUCCCAUUGAUUUGGGAAGUCAUUUGUUUGUGCUGUUUAGGAUUGAGAGGGCAUCUGUAGACUAUGAAGUAUAAAUCAGGUAAAGGAACAUAGUGGCUGUGGGUAAUGAGAUGAAGUUGUUCUAUUGUGCCCUUUGGUUUCGUCCAUGAUUGGUUUGCAACUUUUCUAGGAUGAAAAACAAAAGUCUAUGUUUGGGUUGCAUAUCUCCCUAUGUUUCUUCCAUUUAGCCUUGUAAGAUGCAUAUGGCUCUUUAUGUUCUGUGGAUUGCAGGUUCACACACUAUCUGCUGAGGCAUGUUUUCAGUGUUGUGAACUCAGGAUGACAAUCCUUUCAUGUGUCUGUUUGCUUUUUUUCUGAAGCAGUUAUAAAUGGUUGUCUUUUAUUGUUCCUAACAGGUGGAUUUUUGAGAAAUCAGAGGAAAAUAGAUUAAUAAAGCAAUAUGGGAGCAAAAGAAUGCCAAAAUACUACGGGUUCUCCUAAAGUGGAGGUGGGAGAGAUAGAUACCAGGGCACCAUUUCAAUCUGUCAAAGAUGCCGUUACCCUCUUUGGUGAAGGUGCUUUCUCAGGGGAAAAACCUGCCAUCAGGAAGGCAAAACCCCAUUCUGCUGAGAGGGUAUUGGCCAAGGAGACACAGCUUCACCUGGCCCAAAAAGAAAUGAACAAGUUAAAGGAUCAAGUAAAGAAUGCUGAAACAACAAAGGCCCAAGCACUUGUAGAGCUUGAAAAGGCUAAAAGAACAGUAGAGGACCUCACUGAUAAGCUCAAAACUGUCACUGAAUCAAAGGAAUCAGCAAUUAGGGAAACAGAAGCUGCAAAGAAUCAGGCUAAGCAAAUUGAAGAAACGAGCAAUAUUGACCUUCCUGGAUCUGAUGGUACUAGGAAGCAGGACUUGGAAUCUACAAGAGAACAAUACAUGACUGUAUUUACUGAACUUGAUGCCACAAAGCAAGAACUAAGGAAAAUUCGUCAGGAGUAUGAUACUUCCUUAGAAGCAAAGCUUGCUGCCUUCAACCAAGCUGCAGCAGCUGAACAUGCUGCCAAAGCAAAUGUGGAAAAAGUCAGUGAGCUCUCCAAGGAAAUCUCAGCCCUUCAGGAAUCAAUUGGGCAAGCAAAGCUUGUGGCUCUGGAAGCACACCAAGAGCAAGCAAAAAUAUUUGCUGAAAAAGAUGUUCUGAGGCAAUCAUAUAAAGCUACCCUGGAAGCAUCAGCGAAUAAACUUCUUGUGUUGAAGAAUGAAUUUGAUCCUGAACUGGCCUGGAAUCUUGAAAAACAGCUGGCUGAAACAAUGAAUGAGAUUGGUGCUCUGCAAAAGCAAAUGGAAAAUGCCAAGGCUUCAGAUCUGGAUUCUGUGAAAACUGUCACUUCAGAGCUAGAUGGUGCGAAGGAGUUCCUACAAAAAGUAUCAGAAGAGGAAAACUCCUUGCGAAGCUUGUUGGAAUCUCUUAAGCUGGAGCUGGAGAAUGUGAAGAAGGAGCAUUCUCAACUGAAGGAGAAGGAAGCAGAAACUGAAUCCAUUGCUGGGAACUUGCAUGUCAAGCUCCGCAAAAGUAAGACUGAGCUAGAACAAGCACUUGUAGAGGAAUCCAAAGCAAAGGGUGCUUCUGAAGAGAUGAUCUCUACUCUCCACCAGCUAUCAUCAGAAGCAGAGAGUGCACGAAAAGAAGCUGAAGAGAUGAAAAGCAAAGCUGAAGAGUUGAAGAACAUAGCUGAAGCCACCAGAAUUGCAUUAGAAGAAGCUGAGAAGAAGCUGAGGGUUGCUUUGGAAGAAGUUGAGGAAGCAAAAACAGCAGAAACAAGGGCUCUAGAUCAAAUUAAGGCAUUGUCUGAGCGAACUAAUGCUGCACGUGCCUCAACUUCUGAAUCUGGUGCCAAGAUCACAAUAUCAAGGGGAGAGUGUGAGGCUUUAAGCCGGAAAGUUGAGGAGUCUGACACAUUGGCAGAAAUGAAAGUGGCAGCCGCUGUGGCUCAAAUAGAAGCUGUUAAGGCUAGUGAAAAUGAGGCUCUCAAGAGGUUAGAGGCAGCGCAAAAGGAUAUUGAGGAUAUGAGAGCUGCAACUGAGGAGGCUUCGAAGAGAGCUGAGAUGGCUGAAGCAGCCAAGAGGGCAGUGGAGGGAGAACUUCGAAGGUGGCGUGAACGAGAGCAAAAGAAGGCUGCUGAUACUGCAUCGCGGAUUCUGGCAGAAACACAGAUGGCUUCAGAAUCAUCCCCGCACCAUUAUAGGAAUCAAAAGCAGAACCCGGCAAUUCAGACAGUUAUUGAGGUUCGGAAGUUAGACAAAGAGAAGUUCUCUCUCUCUAAAAAGGCACUUUUACCUAAUCUGAGCGGUAUCUUCUAUAGAAAAAAGAACCAAAUCGAAGGUGGGUCUCCUUCUUAUCUGCCUGGAGAGAAGCCUGUUUGACAUUUGUGUUUGCCAGACUCUGAUUAUGAAUGGUUGAGAGAUACGUUUCAUGAAAUGGUUGGUUGUGUAUAAAAUUUUCUCUGGGAAAAACAAAAGCCCGAAUGUCUCUUGCUGAGUUUGAGAAGAUGAGAUAGGCGAUAAUAUGAUGAAACAAGUCAGGGAAGUGUGCCUUUUGUAUAUGACUAGUUAUUAGAUUAAUGAUCGAACAAGUUCUGCUGUAGAAAUGAGUUUGUCUUCAAGAAUGGACUUUUUUUUAA